AUGCACACAUCAUAUUUGGUUGUUUUAUUCUUAUUAUGUUGUUGUUCAAUUGAAUGUUGGUUUUUCAAAUCAACAUCAACAACAACAACAACAACAGCCGGAACUACUUUACCACCAUCAACUCAAUCAUCAAUAUUUUCAUCACCUUCAUUGUCAUCGGAAGUAAAGAUUCAUAGAACAGAUAUGGUUAAUAGUAUGCAACAAGAUGCAUUAUCCAUUGGUCAAAAAGCUUUACGUUUAUAUGGUCCUUAUGCUGUUGGUGCACGCUCACGCAUUAGUCGUCAUAUACAGGAUGAGUUUAAUACAAAAUAUCCUAAAGGAUGGCAAACAAUUAUUGGUAAAGAUUUUGGAGCAUUAGGUAUUACAGCUCAACCAAAUUAUUAUAUUUUAUUUCAAGUUGAUCGUGUUAUGAUUUUAUUAUUUAAGCCUCUUUGUUAA